AUUUUGAAUCAAUAAGAUAUGAAAUGAAAAAUGGUGUUUCGAACUUCCUGGCUGGUAAUGGGUUUUGAACCACAGGAGAAUGCAAGACACCCGGAGAAGGAGACAACCGGAGUUCCCUCUUUUGGUGAGGGUGCUGAUGUGCUAAAAGCCUUACAUGAUAUAUAUAUGCUUCAAGACUCAAAAGGGUAUGACUUAUUUAGUAAUUCUAGGGAUGCAAUACUAUCAGCAUCAGCCAGAAUGAGAAGCCAAAAUACCCUUGGAAGGGAUUUCAAACACAAGAUGACGAUUUCAAGACUAUUUUUAGCCAUCCAAUCAGCUGUGUAGCUGUCGGGCUCCACCUCCUGGUACUGGUAGUGCUAGUGAUUUUCUUGAUGAUGUUCCUAUGAGGGUGGUGGCUGGUAUUGUUCAUGUCAACUUCUAAAGCCAGAAGGAGAGCAACGCAUAGGUCCAAAGUUCAGCAAGAUCAAUGCUACAAUUCUCAAGGAACAUGCUAAAACCAGCCAUCUAGUUACCAUGGAUCCAAGAGAAAUCGUUGAUGAUGUGUCUCUUUUUUCUGAAAAUGUCCAUCUCUGUAUAUUCUUCAAAGACUUUGUUCAUGAAAUUGUUGCACUCAUCAAGGUUCUUGCUCCCUAGGAAUGAAUAAUUUAAACAUAU